UUGAUCCAAAGCUUUAAUGUGCUAAAGUGCUACCUGUAAAUUUGCUAGACAAUCAGUAUCAGUUUGAAGCUAUCGCCUGACAGAGGUUCUUGCGCAAAAGACUCCGUUUAAGCGGCCCAGUGUGUACCGACUGUAUAUUGAGAAAAAUUACCAAUAAAGAAAAUAUUUUGAGUAAAUGGUGUCGAUCAGUCUUGCCCCUGAUAUCAAGUUGUUUGUGAUUAAUUCAUAUAAUUUUUCAAAACAUUUGUUUGCUGAAUUCGAAGAAGUGAUUUGAUAUUUAAAAAAAAAUUACUCGAACGGUUUACAACCUGAUAGAUAAAAGUGCCGAGGAAAUAAUCGUCGAAGAUGCCACCGGAAAAAGAGUUAAAUGUGGACAAUGUUUUGAGUGAAUUGGGAAACGUUGGCAAAUUUCAGUUGAUCAAUUUCGUGCUCAUUGGCAUCGCAAUUCUACUGUCGUCAAUUGUUUCUUUAACAUUUGUUUUCGCAGCUGGCGAAGUGAAUUAUCGUUGCCGGAUACCGGGCUGUGAUGAUAAUCAGACUGAAUACAAGCCCGACUGGUUGUCUCAUGCAGUGCCCCACAUCAAUGGCGUUCCAUCGCGAUGCAACCGAUUCAAUAGUUCGAUUACCGAUUCAUCUCAGUGCUGGGAUGAAAAUGCAUUCGACACGAACGAAAUGAUCGUUUGCAACGAUUGGGUGUUUGAGACGGAAGAGAGAACGAUUCUCAACGAGUUUGGAUUAACAUGUCCGGAAAAUGAUUGGAAGUUGGCAUUCGUCGGAACCAUAAACAAUGCAGCGCUUUUCGUUUUUAUUGCAGUAAUGGGUGGACUAUCAGACAGAUUCGGUCGACGAACGAUGGUAAUCUAUGGGCUCUUUUUCACCGGCGUUUUCGGUUUGAUAAAAUCAUUUUCGGUAAACUACGUAAUGUACGUGAUAUUCGAGUUUCUGGAGGCUGGGGCUAGUUCUGGCGUUUACGCAACAGCUUUCAUAUUAGCUGUAGAGCUUAUGCAACCGAGUAAACGGGUUCUUGGAGGCACAAUUAUCGCUUGCAACUAUACGCUGGGUGAAAUUGUCCUUGGCAUCAUUGCAAUGUUAGUACCGAACUAUCGUACACUGUUGCACAUUACGUACGCGCCUUUGUUGCUUAUUAUCUCCUAUUUCUGGCUGAUACCGGAAAGUGUACGUUGGCUAUUCGUUAAGGGUAAAACGGAUGAAGCAGUGACAGUGAUUCGCAAAGCAGCAAAAAUGAAUAAGAUUAUAUUGUCCGAUCAAACAAUGGAUAAGCUACGUUGCGCUGAACACAUCAAUAUACUCAAUCAGCAUCAUCAUCAUCAUGAAAUUAACAAACGAUACGCUAUCGUCGAGGUGUUUAAAUCCAGAAUACUCUUGAUUCGUUUGGCUAAUUGCUGUUUGUGUUGGAUAACGAACGCCUUUGUUUAUUAUGGCCUCAGUCUGAAUUCCGUUACACUAGCAGGCGAUAAGUACGUGAACUUUAUAUUGGUUUGUACGGCAGAGAUUCCCGGUUAUAUUAUCACGGUAUUUGUGCUGAACAAAUUCGGCCGAAAGUAUUCACUGUGUGCGUCGAUGCUUCUCUGUGGCGUUGCAUGUUUAUCAUCUGAAUACAUACCCGUUGAGCAGUCUGCUUUACGCUUAAUUAUGUUUCUGAUUGGAAAGUGCUCGAUUACCGUUUCGUUUACAGUACUGUACGUAUUCACAACGGAAAUGUAUCCGACCAAUUUACGAAACAGUUUGGUCUGCGCAUGCUCAAUGAUCGGUCGAAUCGGUUCGAUGGCUGCGCCUCAAACUCCGCUACUGGGAAAAUAUAUGGCCGCCUUACCGUUGAUCUUAUUCGGCAGUUUAUCGAUCAUAUCGGGACUACUGAGCUUACUGUUCCCGGAAACACUGAAUACGAUGUUGCCGGACACAGUGGAAGAGGCCGAGAACAUUGGAAAAAAUGUCCCGAAAAAAUAGACAAACGAAAUGCAAUCACAGCGUUUUGAAGCCAAAGAUAAUUUUAUGUGAGAUUUAACCGUCGAGUUGACUGUGUUCCUUAAUUCGUGCUAAUUAAACAAACCAAUAAAAAUUCUUACUUCAUCGGAAGUAUGUUAACGACAU